AUGUCCCAAACCAGCUCUUCAUUCAGUCAAGCCGACAGAUCAAGGCUGACUAUUUCAGCGCAAACGGUGCUACAGGGACAUCCAAGAGAAUGGGUCACCAAUGCGGUAGAGCAGGUGGAGAGCUACAUGCAAUCACAAUCCAUGGACAUGUCCGACACAGCCACUGCGUUGACCAAACUCAGUACAGUCUGUGACGAGAUCAAGUCUAAACCUGCCAGUACUCCUAAAGGUAAACGCGCCAUUGGUUGA